GGGCUGUUUAUGGUUUUGCCAGAUGCACUGCUAGUUCUGCAACUUUGACCGAACCUCCUAAAGCUGUGCAGGAGGGAGAAAAAUCGGUGAAGAAGACUGGGCUGGACCACAGAAGAGAGGUGGGGAAACAGAUAGAACUGUAAGGCGCAGAGACUGGCUCACUCUCCCUGGCAGUUAGGAAGCCUGGUAGAUCCCUGAAGGGGUCUUGACGAGUCGCCACUCGCGGGAGUUCUGCGGUGUCUGUCCCUGUGGAAUUUGCCGUCACCCUCAGGCUCGCCCUCUUCCUCUGCGCCCCGGAAUCUGCGCUGUAGCACAUUCUAGUGAGGGCCUUCACACCGCCAUAGGUUGUUAGGAGUCCUGCCAGCGUUUUCUCCCGGGCUCCGCCAUGCCGGCGGUGCUGGGUUUUGAAGGCAGCGCCAACAAGAUUGGCGUGGGAGUGGUGCGGGAUGGCAAGGUGUUGGCGAACCCGCGGCGGACUUACGUCACGCCCCCGGGCACAGGAUUUCUUCCAGGUGAUACUGCCAGACAUCACCGAGCUGUUAUCCUAGACCUGCUCCAGGAGGCAUUGACAGAGGCUGGAUUAACCUCCCAGGAUAUCGAUUGCAUUGCCUACACCAAGGGCCCUGGCAUGGGUGCCCCACUGGCUUCUGUGGCUGUUGUGGCCCGUACUGUGGCCCAACUAUGGAAUAAGCCAUUGCUGGGUGUGAACCACUGUAUUGGCCACAUUGAGAUGGGCCGCCUCAUCACUGGAGCCACCAGCCCAACUGUGUUGUAUGUCAGUGGAGGAAAUACUCAGGUGAUUGCAUACUCAGAACAUCGUUACCGCAUCUUUGGGGAAACCAUUGAUAUUGCUGUGGGUAAUUGUCUGGAUCGUUUUGCUCGUGUGCUGAAGAUUUCCAAUGAUCCAAGUCCAGGCUACAACAUUGAACAGAUGGCAAAGCGAGGCAAGAAACUAGUUGAGCUGCCAUACACUGUAAAGGGGAUGGAUGUAUCAUUCUCAGGGAUCCUGUCUUUCAUUGAGGAUGUAGCCCAGCGGAUGCUGGCCACAGGCGAGUGUACUCCUGAGGAUCUGUGUUUCUCCCUGCAGGAAACUGUGUUUGCAAUGCUGGUAGAGAUCACAGAACGAGCCAUGGCGCAUUGUGGCUCCCAAGAGGCCCUCAUUGUGGGAGGUGUGGGGUGUAAUAUAAGACUACAGGAGAUGAUGGCAACAAUGUGCCAGGAACGCGGAGCCCAGCUUUUUGCCACAGAUGAGAGAUUCUGCAUUGACAAUGGAGCCAUGAUAGCCCAGGCUGGCUGGGAGAUGUUUCAGGCUGGACACAGGACCCCCCUCAGUGAUUCUGGGAUUACACAGAGGUAUCGGACAGAUGAAGUAGAGGUAACCUGGAGGGACUAAUAAGAAAACAGGAUCAAGACAGAUAGUUCUCUAAGUGGAGCCCAAAGGACCCUGUGCCUCAAUCUAUCCUGAUGUGAGAGUCCUAACAGAGCUAUAGACUACAAGCAAGGCUUGGGGUCCCUUAUAGAACUCCAAGAUGAUUCAGCAAUAAAAUAUUUUUGGUUUUGUACAUCGGUAA